GGGAGGCCAGAGCUCCGGUGGUUCCCGCAGGCUCCUGUUGCCGCUGCAAGGUGCUGCCCCGCAGCACCCGGGACUGCGUGCCGGCCAGCCCCGCCUGCACCGGAUCCCUCCCUGCCUGCACUUCCUCCUGAAGCCGGCACCUCCCCGCAGCCCGGGGCACAGCCGGGACGCCGGGGCACGGCCGGGACGGGAACCAGUGCCUGCUCUGCGGGCUGCCCACGCUACGGGGGCCGUGGGACUGCUGCCCUACCGAGGGAUACCCCUGCCUGCACCGAGCAGCCCUGGGGCUCCAGUGCCACCUCUUUUGCCCAGGAUGCGGACACCAACGGAGAUGAUCGUGGGGCUGGUGCUGUGCCCCUGCGGGCUCCUGCUGACGUUCACGGGCACGCUGACACCCAAAUGGAGGCAGGUGAGCCUCAUACCCAACCAGCCCAUUGACCUCAUCUUGGAGCAGGGCAUCUGGGACGUGUGCAGAGAGCGGCAGAGCAGCCAUGACCGCCUCUGCGGGCAGGCUGAUGAGCUGGGCUACUUUGAGCAGGUGCCUGUGCGGGUGGCCCAAGGGAUGAUGCCCACUUCAGUAGUGGUCACCCUCUUGGGCUUGGUGGUGGCCGCCCUGGGGGUUCGCUGCUGGCAGGAAGAGCCACAGCACCUGGUGGCUGGUGUGGCAGGGCUUGUGCUGCUCCUCUCGGGGCUGCUGAGCCUUGUGCCUGCCUCCUGGUACACCCAUGAACUGUGGGCACUGCCUGCACCAACUGGCAGUACACUAGUUGUAGGCUACAGCUUGGUGCUGAGCUACUUGGGAAGCUGCCUGGAGAUCUUUGGGGGGCUGGCCCUCACCCUCAGCUUCCACCAGUGCUGCAAGGAUCAUAGGGCCCCCAAACUGCCCCCCAGCCCUCUGACGGAGGCUGGGCCGCAGUCCACUGGUGGGGCUUACCACAAUCCCUGGGACGUGCUGGAGGAUGAGCGAGAUGGACAACACCAGAGGAGCACUCUGCCUUGUGACUCUGACUUGUAGCCCCAGGACAGGGACAGCAGCGGACACUGGCCAGCCUGCCGAAUUGGCACCAAGAGCAGCACUGGUUCCUGCCCUUCCAAGCCCUGCCCUUCUCUUGGGACAGCUCAGAGCAGGCUGGAAAUGAGACCAAGGACCAAGACCUCUGCAACCUCCUCACAAGCCUCCUGUGCUCCAGGUCCUACAACUGUCCCAAAGCUGUGCUGGGUUGAGGACCAGCCCUGGCCCCAGUCCCUUCACACAGUUUUUAGCUCAUCUUGCACAGUACAGCAGCUUGGGCAAAGGCAGCUCCAGUGUUCCCACGUGAGCAAGGUACAGGUUAGCACUGUAUGGCCUUCAGGGCUGGGAACUGGGAAGGGGAGCACCUCCCACAUGUCUCUGCUUAACUCAGAGCUGUGCAAACAGAAAAUAAAUGAAAAUAAAUGGGUCUGUGCUA